GCUUUUUGGAUACAGAAUAGUGAUGAAAAACUAAAGCAAAAUUUUGAGAUGCAGUUUCCUUCAAAGCUGUGGAACAACUAUUUUCAUUUGGCUGUGGCUUUUAUUACCCAAGAUUCACUACAGCUAGAAAACUUUUCCCAUGCAAAAUACAACAAAAUCCAGAACAAAUAUGGAGAUAUGAGACGUUUAAUUGGCUUUGCUAUCCGUGACAUGUGGUACAAACUUGGCCAGAAUAAAAUUUGCUUUAUUCCGGGGAUGGUUGGACCCAUCUUGGAAAUGACUCUUAUUCCAGAAGUUGAACUACGAAAGGCCACAAUCCCAAUUUUCUUUGACAUGAUGCUGUGUGAAUAUCAAAGGACAGGAGAAUUCAAAAAGUUUGAAAAUGAAAUAAUUUUGAAGUUGGACCAUGAAGUAGAAGGAGGACGUGGGGAUGAACACUACAUGCAGUUGUUUGAGUCCAUUCUUACAGAGUGUGCGUGUCAGUAUCCUGGCAUUUUUAACUUGGUUGAAAGUUUUGUUAGCCUAGUUAAAGGCCUCUUGGAGAAACUGCUGGAUUACCGAACUGUGAUGAAUGAUGAAAGCAAGGACAAUCGCAUGAGCUGCACUGUGAACUUACUGAAUUUCUACAAGGACAUUAACCGUGAAGAGAUGUAUAUCAGAUAUUUGUAUAAAUUGCGAGAUCUUCAUUUAGAUUGUGAGAAUUACACGGAAGCAGCAUAUACCCUUCUACUCCAUACGUGGCUCUUGAAGUGGUCAGAUGAACAGUGUGCACCCCAAGUCAUGUCAACAGAGUUCCAGUGUUCACAGACCUAUCGACACUUGAAAGAGAAUCUGUAUGAGAAGAUCAUAGAAUACUUUGACAAAGGAAAGAUGUGGGAAGAAGCCAUAUCUUUAUGCAAAGAACUUGCAGAGCAAUAUGAAAAGGAAGUUUUUGACUAUGAACUUCUAAGUCAAAACCUGAUUCAACAAGCAAAGUUCUAUGAAAACAUCAUGAAAAUUCUGAGACCUAAACCAGACUAUUUUGCUGUUGGGUAUUAUGGCCAAGGAUUCCCCACAUUUCUAAGGAACAAAGUAUUCAUCUAUCGUGGGAAGGAAUAUGAGAGGAGAGAGGAUUUCCAGGCACAACUGAUGAGUCAGUUUCCCAGCGCAGAGAAGAUGAACACCACCUCAGCACCUGGAGAGGAUGUGAAAAACUCUCCUGGUCAAUAUAUCCAGUGUUUUACAGUGCAACCAGUCCUGGAGGAGCAACCUAGAUUCAAAAAUAAGGCAGUACCUGAUCAAAUUAUAAAUUUUUAUAAGUCCAACAAUGUGCACCGGUUCCACUAUUCACGACCAGUCAGAAAAGGAUCUGUUGACCCUGAAAAUGAAUUUGCUUCUAUGUGGAUUGAGAGAACAUCAUUUGUUACAGCAUACAAACUUCCUGGAAUUUUACGGUGGUUUGAGGUUGUCUCCAUGUCACAGACUACAAUUAGUCCUUUAGAGAAUGCUAUUGAGACUAUGUCCACAACGAAUGAAAAAAUUUUGAUGAUGAUUAACCAAUACCAGAGUGAUGAGAACCUUCCUAUUAAUCCGCUUUCUAUGCUUCUGAAUGGAAUUGUUGAUCCAGCUGUUAUGGGUGGCUUUGCUAAAUAUGAGAAGGCUUUCUUUACAGAAGAAUAUAUUAGAGACCAUCCAGAGGAUCAAGAAAAACUGAAUAGACUCAAAGAUCUAAUUGCUUGGCAGAUACCUUUCCUUGGGGCUGGAAUUAAAAUUCAUGAAAGAAGAGUUUCUGAUAAUCUUCGUCCUUUCCAUGACCGUAUGGAGGAAUGUUUCAAGCAUUUAAAAGUUAAAGUGGAAAAACAAUAUGGAGCCAGAGAAUUGCCAGAUUUUGAUGACAAGAGAGUAGGACGGCCAAGAUCAAUGCUGAGAUCCUAUCGUCAGUUAUCAGUUAUUUCACUGACUUCCAUGAAUUCAGACUGCAGUACUCCAAACAAAAUUGCUUCAGAAAGCUUUGAUCUGGAAGUACUGCUACCAAAGCAAGUAAAAGCAGAAUCAGAGGAGACUGCUCUGCAAAUUAAUCCUCACCCUGAAGUAAAGAUGAGAAGGUCCAAAAAAAGAACAAAAAGAAGCAGUGUGGUGUUUGCUGAUGAGAAGACAGCACCUGAUAUUUCUGUCUCUGACAUGAAAUGUCUGUCAAGGAAAUAUGAGUUUAUGAGUGAUACCAACCUCUCAGAACAUGUAGUGGCACCUCAGAAAACAUCUGUCCUCAAGCAGAUGAGCUCUGUCAGUCGUUCUAUGCCAACUAUCCCAGGAUUAACUCUGUCCGUCAGCCCUGUGGCACAUGAUGAAACAAUUGCAUCACAUAGGUUGAGUCAACCAGUGUUUCCUACCACCUCAGAUGGUGACAAGAAAACCUUCAAAAAAAAAAAAGUGAACCAGUUAUUUAAAACAAUGCGCAUUUCCAAAGUUCUAGAAGAUGGAAAGCAGUCUGUGGAGCACCAUUUCAAAUCUUCACCUACAGAUCUGUAA